AUGGCCCCCAACAUAGACAAGGAAGCUGAGCACAUCCGGGACAAAGCGAGGAAAGAACUUCUCGCAUUACUUGAAGGAGUUCGUGGCAAGAAGAACCUUGUGAUUGGAAAGGGCUUGACCGGAGCGCUGGGUCUGUUUGUCCAAUUUACCCAGCUCAAGGAGUACGGCGUGGACAAAGUAUUCGAGCUCGAAAAUGGCAACACCGACUCCUCCCAGCGGAAUAUCGUCUACCUUGUUCACGGGGAGAAACCCAGCUUGGUACAGUCAGUAGCCGAGCAAAUCAAGAAACUGCAAAGAAAUGGCUCUGUCGAGCAUGAAAUCUCCAUUAUCUGGGUUCCCAGGAGGACCCUCGUCUCCAACAAAAUCCUGGAAGACGCAGGAGUCUUGGGCGACGUGAACAUAUCAGAGCUGCCCAUCUUCUUCCAUCCUUUGGAGGAUGACAUGCUAUCUCUGGAGCUGGACGAAGCGUUCAACGACUUAUACUUGAGGCAUGAUCCGGGCCCGUUGUACCUUGCUUCCCGCGCACUUAUGCAAAUCCAGCAGCGACAUGGGCUGUUUCCGCGUAUCCUUGGAAAAGGUGACAAUGCCAGGAGACUGGCCAACCUUCUGCUUCGUGCACGUAAGGAGCUGGACGCCGACGAAGCUGCUACUCGCUACACCAGCAUGCCCAGCACCUCAAUCGAACAGCUGAUCAUCAUCGAUCGCGAUGUUGACUUCGCCACUCCAAUGCUGACGCAGUUGACCUAUGAAGGCUUGAUCGAUGAGCUGGUAGGUAUAAAGCACAAUAGGGCCGAAGUUGAUUCCUCCAUUGUUGGGGCUGCGCCUCAGCAGCGCCCUCAGGGCGGCUCCUCAUCGGCAUCAGCUCCAACGGCGGUCCGACAGGGGUUGAAGCGAAGGAUCCAGCUGGAUUCGUCGGAUCCUCUGUUUCAGCAACUUCGUUCAGAGAAUUUCGCUCUUAUCGGUCCGCAAUUGAACAAAAUCGCUCGACGACUAGAGUCAGACUAUGAAGGCCGUCAUCAAGCGCGAGGCAUCAACGAACUGCGAGAGUUUGUGAACAAAUUGCCCACAUUCCAACAAGAGCACCAGUCGUUGGCAGUCCAUACCAAUCUCGCUGAUGAUAUGACCAAGCAUACCCGUUCGGACACCUUCAACCGGGAGCUGGAAGUCCAACAGAACAUUGCGGCUGGCACGGAUCCAAUCUACCAGCAUGACACGAUCGAGGAACUCAUCGCUCGUGAUGCACCACUCAGCACCAUCCUGCGCCUCCUGUGCCUCGAGUCAGCCGUUGCCGGCGGCCUCCGUCCAAAAGACUUGGACUCGUUUCGACGCCAGAUCCUCCAUGCCUACGGCUUCCAGCAUCUUCUCACCCUGGAUGCCUUGGAGACGAUGGAACUUCUUCAGCCUCGCUCUUCUGCGUCGGCCUUGCUCCUUCCUGUAGGGGGAGGGGGCGGUCAAUCUGAAAAGGGGACGAAGACGAACUACGCAUAUUUGCGCAAAGAGCUUCGACUGAUUAUUGACGAGUAUAACGAACAGGAUCCCGAGGAUAUUGCAUAUGUCUACUCGGGCUAUGCACCUCUGAGCGUCAGAAUUGUGCAAUGUGUGCUCCAGAAACAAUACCUCCAAUCCCUGCACAAAUCCCCCUUACCGUUGACACCGUCCAGUAUAGGCUGGACGGGCUUCGAGGAUAUUUUAAAGUCGGCAAAGGGCCCAACAUUCACCCUCGCGCAGAAGCCUAUAGAUGAGAAGGCUGCCAAAGCCAAAGCCGCUCUUGCUGGUACAGGUGGUUGGAAGACGAUCUUCGUGAUGUUUCUAGGCGGCAUCACGUUCGCGGAAGUUGCCGCUUUGAGGUUUAUCGGGCGCAAGAUGGCAGAAUCUGGACAAAGAAGAAAGAUUGUCAUAUGCACAACUGGCAUAGUCAGUGGAAGAAGUAUUAUGGACGGAGUGAUUGAGAGGUCCAAUCUGGCUUCUGGCAUUACUAGUACCGCAUGA